AUGGUCUUAAGCAGGCACCCCGGGCAUGGUACAAGAGCUUCUUCACAUGCUCUGCGUUGUUCUAUUAUGUCUCUUCUUAGCUCGGAGUUUGCUAUGAAGGACUUGGGUCCUCUUAAUUAUUUCCUUGGCAUUGUCGUGACAAGACAUAAGGGUGGAUUAUUUUUGUCACAACGCAAGUAUGCGGAGGAUAUUAUUAAGCGAGCCAGUAUGUCUUCAUGUAAGUCCUCGGCUACACCCGUUGAGGUGAAAUCGAAGGACAACUCUUCUGGUUCUCCUUUUGCCGACCCCACAUUGUACCGUAGCCUUGCAGGGGCUCUACAGUACCUCACUUUUACGAGGCCGGAUAUCUCAUAUGCGGUCCAACAGGUAUGCUUACACAUGCAUGAUCCGAAGGAUAUUCACAUGUCUGCUCUUAAGAGGAUAAUUAGGUACAUACAGGGUACUCUUGACCAUGGUUUGCACCUUUAUCCUUCUUCUAUUUCUACACUUAUAUCCUAUACAGAUGCUGAUUGGGGUGGGUGUCCCGAUACGAGACGAUCUACCUCUGGAUAUUGUGUAUAUUUGGGUGAUAAUUUGAUCUCUUGGUCAUCCAAACUUCAGACUACUCUUUCUAAGUCUAGUGCAGAGGCAGAGUACAGGGGUGUUGUAAAUGUUGUUUCGGAGUCUUGUUGGCUUCGAAAUUUAUUACUUGAGUUAAUUUGUCCGAUUAAAAAGGCUACAUUGGUUUAUUGUGACAAUGUGAGCGCUAUUUACAUUUCGGGUAAUCCGGUACAUCAUCAGCGUACCAAGCAUAUUGAGAUGGAUAUCCUAUUUGUUCGUGAAAAGGUGGCUAGGGGUGAGGUUCGGGUUCUCCAUGUACCUUCAAGGCACCAAAUUGCGGACAUAUUCACGAAAGGACUACCACGUGUACUUUUUGAAGAUUUCAGGGAUAGUCUAAGCGUUCGUCCUCCUCCCGCUACGACUAAGGGGGUGUGUUAAGAUAUAUUACUCCUAAUAUAUCGUUAGUUGACUUUGUAAAUAUUCAGUUACCUAGUUUAUUGCUCUAGGAUAUUCUGU